GGAAGCAGGUCGACGCUGCCCCUGGUGACACGUCCCGGCGCCGCCCGUCGUUGGCUUUGGCCGCCAUUUUAAGUGAGCCGGAGCUGGACGGCCGGGACCAGAGGAGCUACGAUACCGGCGGAGGGGAGCUGGGCCUCUUCCGCGUCCCGCCAUGCCCUCCUCGCCGCUCCGGGUGGCCGUGGUGUGCUCCAGCAACCAGAACCGCAGCAUGGAGGCGCACAACAUCCUUAGAUGGGAUGCAGACUUCUUCAAAUGCAGCUUUUACCUUUUGAGAGAGGGUGGCUAUGCAAACGAGGAUUCAGUGUUCGAUCCUUUGGAACAGGGACUCAUGUGAAACUGCCAGGACCAGCACCAGACAAGCCGAAUGUUUAUGAUUUCAAAACAACAUAUGAUCAGAUGUACAAUGAUCUGCUUAGGAAAGACAAAGAACUAUAUACACAGAAUGGGAUUUUACACAUGUUGGACAGAAAUAAGCGAAUCAAGCCACGACCAGAAAGAUUCCAGAACUGCAAAGAUGUGUUUGAUCUGAUUCUAACUUGUGAAGAAAGAGUCUAUGAUCAAGUAGUAGAAGAUUUAAAUUCCAGAGAACAGGAGACAUGCCAACCCGUACAUGUGAUUAACGUGGACAUUCAGGAUAAUCAUGAGGAGGCGACUUUGGGAGCUUUCCUUAUUUGUGAGCUAUGUCAGUGUAUACAACACACAGAAGACAUGGAAAACGAAAUAGAUGAGCUGUUACAGGAAUUUGAAGAGAAAAGUGGAAGGACUUUUCUUCACACUGUCUGCUUUUAUUAAAGCACGUCCGUCGCUUAGGCCUUAAUGCAGAUGAAAGAAGCAUGUGUGUAACGUUCUGACCAUACUGUACUUUCCCGGAAGAUGAACUUCGAACUUUUUUUUGUUAAUAAUUUUCCUUUUCAGUGUUUGUUUUUACGUUUCAGGUGUUCUGCCACAGGCAGGCAGAGAGACCUGCUGAAUUGUACAUAUGAAAAUGAGAAAAAAAAAUAUACAUAAAGGCCACCUAUUUAAAAAUAAAAAUCAAGAUUUUUUUAAAAUCCUACUUUAGUUGUUACAAGUGGGAUUUUAAUUAUAAAGAGAAUGUUUCUUGGAUGAUACAGUUUAUAUUGUAUUUUUCCAGCUUACAAAUUUAUUUUAUUUCAGUUGUGCAUUUUUUUUCUUCUUUUAAUGAAACUGACUGAAUGGCUGGAAUAUGCAAAGAUGUGAAUGGGAAAUGAGUAUCUGUAUAUUAUUAGAGAUGACAUUGGGAGCAUCCAAUAAAAAUGAAAAUCUCCAUUU